CUUAUACAAUACAGCACAAUCGACCUACAAUAAUGCUACAAAGAGUUCUCCUUGAGACACGUCUAUCUACCACUCAAGGCUACUUAGCAACUCACUGCAGUGCAGAUAUCGAGGAAAGGCAACGUUUGGAGGCUAGACAAUCAACUUGAGACGCAGGAGGGCAUGUUUCAGUUUGCCCCUCGUAAGAUGGUGGAGGCGAAGCUCCCUAGUCAUGUGACUGAAGACACCUGCCCGAUAGUGUAUAGGAACAGUGAUAUCCGCUCCCUCAGCUCGACCUCUAGUGCACCCAGCAGCCCAUUGGUUGCUCAGCUGGGGGUCAGUGAGCCAGAUUCCCCCCUGAGCCCCCCCUUUGUUCGUACAAUGAGCUUUGACCAGGCACUGUUUGAUCUCAGGAAGGUCUCGCCUGACAAGAUAGCGGGACAACUGACACUAAUUGACCUUGACCUAUACAAGGCCAUCAGAAUGAAGGAGCUCACAAACUGCAACUGGACUAGGAAAGAGAAGGCUACUCUCGCUCCCAGUGUGGUGGCCUUCACCAAGAGGUUCAACCAUACAAGUUUCUGGGUAGUGCGGGAGAUACUGAAUGAGCCGUCCUCUAAAGUGAGGGCAGAGAUUGUCACACAGUUCAUCAAGAUCUCAAAGAAACUACUGGAGUUGAACAACAUCCACAGUCUAAAGGCCGUGUUGGCAGGGUUACAGAGUGGCCCCAUCUUCAGACUCAGUCAGACAUGGAGGCUCGUAGCUAAGAGGGACAAGGCCACCUUUGAGCGUCUCUGUGAGCUCCUCUCGGCAGAUGACAACUGGAAGAUACUGAGGGCACACAUGGAUGAGGCCAAGCUGCCGUGCAUACCCCAUCUCGGGCUCUAUCUGACUGACCUCUGCUUUCUGAGCAGUACUUCCUCUGACCAUAUGGAAGACUCUGUCAGAAACAUGAUUGCUUACUUUCAAAACUCAACUUAUGAUUGGCUGUCUCCAGAGAAGCAUGUUAUGAAGUACCUCCUGCACAGACGCUACAUUGAUGAGCUGCAGAAGUUCUAUGAGGAAGAUAAUUAUAAACUAUCUAAAGAGAGGGAACCUGAUCUUGUACAAAAUAACACCAAACCACGCAGUGUGUCCAUUGCGGCAACCCAAGUCCACCAGACCACUCUCAGAGCCUCAAAGAGUUACGAGGACCUCUUGUCCCCAUCCCACCCGAACCUUGAACCCAGAGCGACCACCCCGUCCUGUCCAGUCGACCCAACAUCAAGUAUAGUAGUCACAGACACUAGUAAAACUGAAAAGUCACAAAAAAAGCCGCGAACACUACCAAACACCAACCGUAGAACUGGUGGCCCUCCACUAAUAUUAGACAUUAAGGGACCUAAACAUCAACAUCCUAAUAGCAGGGUGCACUCAACACCUACGGAAGGGUCUGCUCAUUUGCUGUCGCCAGAUAGCAUCCACGAGGGAAGGGGUGUGUUCACUGUGUCCCCCGGCUUUAAGAGGAAGUUCACACGAGGUCACAAGAAGGCCAGUAGUCUCGGAACAAAUGUGCUACAGAUGCUGGGUGUGGUCAGGCAUUCCAAUACAUCACCUAGCAACAGUGUUGAUGUAUCCCCACGGAACAGCCCCACCCACUCUCGCAAUCUCCUUGAUGACAGUCCCCUCGAUCCCUCAGUUGUUGACAGAUCAUCUCCUUCAGGCUCCAUUGGAAAUGAUCAACACAGUGUGAGCAGUGAUAGUAGUGAGGAGAGUGGAGGGGAGGAUGAUGAGGGGCUGUACCGACAGCUGGAGGACGUGAGUGAGGUAGAGGUGGACUACCUGGCAGCUCGACUCAUCAUGGAGGGGCCUCUCACCAGGAGGACCUGUAACAAGGGAGCAAGGAAAGUCUCAUUUGGUCGCAAGUGCUCCAAGGUGUGGGCCCAGCUGACUGACUCAGCGCUACUCUUCUUUCCCUCCAAGCCGAAGAGCAAAAAAACGUCAAGCAUAAAGGGCAAGCUGGUGCGUACUAAAGGCGUGGUCUUGAGAGGAUGGGUAGUGAAACACAAGGAAGUCAAGAGCAAAGAUAAAUACUUCAUCAUAAUCAAUGAGUCAGGUGGCCAGAUGAAGUUCAAAGCCAGUACUAGUCUGGUGGCUCAGACCUGGGUGGAGAAGAUUGCCCUCGUCAUUAGCGGAGAGGAGGAGAGGGAGAGGAUAAAUGCCGAGAAGUCCCUCAUCACUCUCUGACAUCUCUGUAUGCCCCAGAUGCAUUCUGUGUUGUAUGUACAUGUACUCGUUUGUCAGCAAUCAAUAUUAAUUUUAUUGUCACUUUAUUAUAACCACCAACCUUUGUAACAACUGUGUGUGCAAUAUUAUAUUGCAUUUUAAUCCAUUAUUACGUAUAUUGGAUUGUGUUGCAUCAUUAUUAUUACUUGAAAUGAAACAUGUAUCUGAUUUAA